AUGAGCACACGAACCGAUCACGAUGCUCUAGUAGAUAUGGGCUUUCCGCCCCAAAAAGUAGCAAGGGCUUUAAAAGAAACGGGGGGACUUCAGUCAGCCAUGGACUGGUUGUUUGCUCACCCGGGAGAUUUGGAAGAACCAGCCCCCGCACAAGCUCUUGGAAGCGCGCAAACAGCGGCCAUAAGUUCGUCUGAGGGAGGAGAGCUAGCAGCAGAGCAGGACGGAGAUGAAAUUAACGAUGGAGAACAGACUGCGCAGUCAUUACAAUGCGACGAUUGCCAAAGACUACUGCGUGACGCCACUGCCGCAGAGAGACACGCUGCAAGAACAGGGCACAUCAACUUCUCUGAAUCAACAACGGCCAUAAAACCUUUAACGGAAGAAGAGAAAGCCGCGAAACUUAUCGAACUGAAACAACGACUUGCCGAAAAACGCGAGAUGCGAUUACUUGCCGAAAAAGAGGAGGAAAAAUCUCGCGAAAAAAUUCGUAGGAAAUCAGGAAAGGAGUUAGUGGAGGCCAAAGAAAAAUUAGAGGAAAAGGAAUUGCAGAAAGCGUUGAAGGCGAAAAAGAAGGAGAAAGAAGAUGAGAGAAUAGCAAAGGCGAAAAUAAAAGCUCAGAUUGAAGCGGAUAAAAAAGAGAGAGCAGCAAAGCGCGAGAUCGCCAAACAAGAAGCAAACCUUCAACAACAAGAAGCAGCUGCAGCAGCUUCGAGCUCAACUCCUACUGUGAAAAAAGAAUAUACCGAAACAAGGCUACAAUAUGUUGGACAGCAUAUUUCCGAACCGUUUAAAUUAAUAACGACUUUCCCCAGGAAAGUGCUUGAUCGUGAUACUUUUGAGAAUAAGACUCUUAAAGAACUUGAUUUAGGCAAGUAUCUAAUAUCUUCAAGUAUUGGGAUUCACAUAAGUUGA